AUGACUCAUCUUAAUAAAGGUUGCCAAGCAUAUUUAUUAGUACGAAAUUAUUCAUUAAAUUUGAACGUGGCUAAUAUCGACGAUUCUUCUUCUACUGAAGAUUCAUCUGUAUCUCAUACAAAGAAAUUAUUUUGGGUGACUCGUUAUUCAUUAGGUAAAACGUUAUCAAAAGAAUUAUUAAUCGAACAUGAAUUUGCUGACGAUGAGACUCGACAUCGUUUAAUAGAGUUACAUACUCCAAUUGACAAUGAGAGAAAAUAUCAUUUCUUAUUAGCAACAGUGGCUUUACUUCUGAAUCCACCAAUUGGUUUGAUUGCAUGCAUUUUUGUCUACAUGGCUAAACGAAGAUCGGAAUAUAUGUUAAAGAAUUAUGAAAAUAUCAUCUAUGAAAGAGCGGCUGCUCGAUAUGCAUUUAUUUCUUAUAUUCUUAGCAUAAUUUCAAUAGGUCUUACAGUUAGCAUAAUCACUGGUAUAUUAUUGUAUUUUCUUGUUAUUGACCUCAAGAUUGCCAAUCGAAUUCCGUUAAAUAGUAUUCGAGACCAAGAUAUGUCGUCAAUGAAGCCCAUUGAUAUCACCAAAAGUCAACAGCAAGAACAAGAUCUGGCUGCUUAUGAAAACGAGGAAAUAGUACAAUGA